CCAGAAAAAGCUGCGUACUCCGGCCUCCGGAGGCCGGAGUACGUACUCCAAGCCCGGAGUACUCCGAUCUAUGAUAAUACCAGGCACACCGUCGUGUGUUACUUUUUGCUUUUUAAGUUAGUCAUCUAAAACGUAGCGUUAAGGUACAAAUGGGAAACUUUCCAACAAUUUUGCCUGUGAUUGUUUAUCACUAGGAAAGCCAAAUUUACGUUAAUUGUUACAUUGAUUCGAUUGGUUAUGAAUUCAACUUUUGUACAUCACAUAAACUAUAAUAAAUCGUUUCUGGCUAGGGUAAGUUUCGGAUCGGUUUCGGAUCAGUCUUGGGUUCGCGUCGGUUUCGAUUCCGUGUGGAUUUUUAUAAAAAAAUGUUGGGAACGGGUCGGUUCGUGUUGUCAUAUUUUCGGGUUUCGGGAACCGUACUCACCUCUAGCAGGUUUUUUAACGUGCUUACGUCAACCAGGCCAUCAUUGUCGCAUUGUUCACUUACAUAUCUCGAUUGAUUGCCAACAUCCAAUCAUUCAACCAACACCUUAACACCGGUGCCAACGUUUUCUGUCCUACUUAAUAGAUACAAAUUCACAUACAUAAAACUUCCUGACUAAAAAAACGGAAUUUGAAAGAGUAAAGUGUCUAACAUGUCCAAAAUAGCCAAAAUGGACACCGAGCUAUCCGAUCUAGCAGUUCUUGACUUCGUUAAGCUAAUCAAUUCCACAUUAAAGAUGUUUCCCUUCUUUGGGUCCAGUAUUUUUGGCGCCAAUUCAACAGAUACCUUGACCUACCUUGACGCCAGGAUUUCCAGGAUGCCGGAAGGGCGUAAAAAUGAAAUGAUCGAAUUUGUCCAUCGUGUCGUUCUACACACUUUUCUAGGUCAGCUGGAAGAUCGAUUAAAAACAGAAUCAAGCACCGACUGGCCUAGCAUUAUCAAGGCGGAGUUGCCAAAUUUAACACAGAUGUUGAAUUUUAUGAGUAAAUAUACAAGCCCUUUAGCCUUGGAAAGAUUGGCCGGCGUGGUAAAAGCGUUGCAUGCUUGGCCCCCUCGUACGUCUGAAUACGACCAAAUAUUCGAGCUACCAAUCGUUUUAUGGCAUGAAAUCGAAUAUUGUAGAAAUUUUCCUUUACAAUUUGCACGUUGCAAUUGCGUAAUGGGAGCUUCACCCAGUUUUACCCUGGUCAUCAGUGACGCAAUGAACCUCAACCAUUGCACCAAUUCCGUCGUGUUGAUAGAAAUGUUGUAUAUGGGAAGAGCAUCGACUUCUAUGACCAAUGGGAUCGAAUUCAAAGGAAGCAGAAAACCCGACUUGGCCAAAAAGAAGGAUAUUUGUGCACAAGGGCUGACGCAUUUUAGUGUUGACCUCAAAGAAUUUGCGGAGAAAAUACACAAUAAAAACGCCCUAAAAAGAAGAUACGGAGCUGUAGAAAUUUGUGUAGAGUUUGGCAACAUUUUCACAGCUGAGAAGGAAGUCAAAGUGUUUCGCCUAGGAACGAGAAUUCAUCCGAAGGAAUUUUCACAAAAAAUUUUGGCAUCUGAUUUUGGCGACGAGUGGUGGUUGUUGAAUGAGAAGAAGGGAUUGCACAAACUCGGAAAGAUGGAAACAAGGUGGCCGAUAAAUUACUGCACAGCCGAGAAAAAUUGUUGGACGCACCCGGAAGUCGUUAUUCCAGGAACACACACCGUGGAUUUUGCAAAAGUUAAAAUCAAGUUUCGAAAUGGACACGAGUGCAUCGUGACGAAGGAUGGUCGGCGAGGGUAUUGUAUUGAGUGCGAAAUUUACCAUAAUUUUGAAGGGAAAUGUAGCGGAAAGGUGGGAGAGGAUUGGAAGGAAUUUAACUUCGGUAAGUUGGGCACAGCAAACCUGGCAAUGAAAAUGUUUGCGUAUAAAUGUCCCUUGGAAAAGCGCGACUGGAUAAAGGAUAUUCAAGAGAAAUAUAAAAUGUUUGAUGAGAAUCAGUUCGGCAUUAUUACUCAACACUGGGAACAAUGUAAAGAUUGGUUUGUCACGGAAUGGAGAGCUCUAAAAUUCUGAAUCAACUGCAGCCAUCCUUAAAUUAAGGCACUGACUAUGCGAUGACGCCAGCGGUCUCGUUCGGAUUUUGAUAAAACCAAGAUAAUUAUGUAGCCUUACACAAAUAAUUGAACACAUGUUUCGGGAUU